AUGGUCACCGAUUUUUUACAGGUGGGCCCCGUUGUGUCGCAGGCCAGUCAAGGCGCUAUUAACAAAAGGAAGGCUGUCACUCCGGCAAGCACCUCCCAGCCGAGAAUGAAAUCGCAACCGCCUAAGUCCGCCACCCCAGUGAAUGGCUCAUGGCCUCUCCAUGCAGACAAACUGAAGUCGAGCGACCACAAGAUGUACCGGACUAACAUCACGGACCGGAAACAGCUCUUCAGUAACAGGCCCAACUUCAGAUUUCAACCGCCGGUCGACGGGAAGGUUGAAUAUGCCAUCCAUGGUGGUCCAGACUUUGUUUCUUUCAAUCCACCAUCACCUGGUUCUGUAGGAGAAGGAGACAGUCUGACUGUGAUGUGUGCUGGUAGCUGUAAUCCACCAUGCUCCUAUUCCUGGACUCUGAGAAAUCAGCAGAUCUCACCAACCUCUCAGUUAACACUGACAAACAUCAACAGGAGUCAGACAGGGAAUGUGUACACGUGUACAGCGACCAACUCACUUAUACCACAGUCUACAACUAAACAGUUCACACUGACAGUGUACUAUGGUCCAGACAGUGUCGAGCUGAACACCACUUCUCCACUGACAGUGAAGGAAGGUGACGAUGUAUCUGUGUCAUGUGCAGCGACUAACUGUUCUCCAUCCUGCUCUUUCACAUGGAAGUUUAAAUCUCAGAUAAAAUCAACCAUUGAUGUGUUGUCGUUAAAUAACAUACAUAGACCAGCAGCUGGUGACUACACAUGUACUGCUAGGAACACAAAUACACAGAACUCAUUAGACAAGAACAUUACUCUGAAUGUGCAAUACCAAUCUUCAAUCAGUUCUCUGACUUUAAACUCGCUGUCUACACCGGUUACAGUUGAUGAGUUGACUCUUAUGAUUCUGAGAUGUGAUGUUGACAGUAAUCCAGGAUCUCACAUCAAAUUGCUGAACAAGUCACAGACUCUGCGUGAAGUAACAAACUCUAAACAGGCUGAGUACACGUGGAACGAGGUUGAAUGUCUGGAUACAGGACACUACACGUGUGAAGCGGGAAACAACAUCAAGUCAGCUGUCAGUGAAAGUGUGCAACUUGUUGUCAGAUGUUCACCAAGAUUAGACCAUCGAGUUCCAUUCCAGAAAGAGUUUACAAGAGCAAUUGGCGGUAAUGUGACUCUAAAGAUAUUAGUAAUUGCCAAUCCAACACCGACGUUCACCUGGUACAAACUGACUGAUGGAAACAGAAAUAAUAUUGGGUCUAGUAGUUCACCUACAACUGACGUAACUGCUGCUGGGAAACACACACUAACAGAUAUUCAGCAUGGAGAUAUUGGUACCUAUCAGGUUGUGGUGUCAAAUGGAGCUAAAAACACAGAUCUUGUGAAGAAUCUGACACUUUAUGUAGCAGGUCCUCCGAAUAUUCCCUCUGAUCUCACAGUAUGGAGCAGUGACCCACACUCAGUCUCAGUUGCUUGGAUAGGGGGAUUUAAUGGAGGAUCAGAGCAGUCGUUUGUUGUACAAUACCGAGCAGACAGAACAUCACAGUGGACCAAUCUCACUGAUGUGAUUCCAGAAAAAGAUUUUAACACAAUUCAGAAAGCUGUUAUACCAAAUCUUCAACCAAAGACGAGAUAUCUGGUGCGGGUUUUGGCUUAUAAUAGAUAUGGACACGAAGACUUCACCAAGGCACAAGAAGCUUUGACAUUACCUCCAGGUGAAUCCUUUCUGCCAACCUCAUCAAACGAAGUAACCGGGACAGGGAUUGCAGUAGGGAUUGUGAUUGGCAUUGCUAUUGCUGUCUUGACAGAGACUGUCUUUGUUAUUGUGUGGAGACGAGGUUAUGUGUGUGCUUCUUCAAAAUCAGAUGGACAGCAAUCUAAAGAUAACGUGCAUCAACAUGCAGCACUAGACAACACACGGCGUGGGAACAGAACUGAACUUGUUAAUUCGGAUGACCAGACAAACACUUACGAAGGAUUUGGAACUCGAGACGAUACGCCAUAUGCAAAAACGGAACUUUAUGAAAAUCUCAACACAUGAGAAACCAUUGUAGUAAUAUACGUCACAGAAUUAUAUUGCACGACGUACACGUAACAUUGAAACAUUCUGUUGGACUUUGACCAGACCAAGUCACGAUAUGCUUAAUGACACAUCACUGACUGAACUGAUAUCUAUGCAACACCUUAUAUUUGGUGUGAAAAUAAUCCAUACAGUUAACCUAGAAAAGUGCAUUUCCAUAGUUUAGGUCCCCUAUUGAAAGAAAUAUAUGUGAAAAUAGUCUUACAUAACUGUAUAUAUUGUACAUAGUUGUCUAGUUAUAAAAAUAGUCUUAGAGUGUGUAUAAUAAGCUGCGUUCACAUUUGCACUUUACACUGGUUUAACUAAACUGGUAUAACAAAACCAGUUUAACAUAUAAGUGUGAACGCGAUCUUUUCACUGUACUGGUAUAGCUAAACCUGUAUCUGUAGCUAAAAUACUUCGGCAUGUGGUAUAAUUAAAACAGUUUAAACGUAAGUAUGAACUUAAAAUGUUUUAGUGAAACCAGUAUAAGGCGGAAUGUUAUUGACGUCACAGUCAGGAUAAGCAGUAAGUGGUUUAGCAAGGACCCUGACUCGAAGUCCAUUGUUGUUUUGAUGUUUUGUGCAAGUACGGAAAACUACACUUCUGCCUUAUACCGAUAUAGUUGUUACACUUGUUAACGCUCGUUUUUUCCAAUGAAAAGUGUAACCGGCUGGUAGGUACAAGGUUCGCAGCCCGGCACGGGCUCCAACCCAAAGCAAGUUCUUAAGGACUCAAUGGGUAGGUGUAAGGCCACUACACCCUCUUCUCUCUCACUAAACUACUAACCAACUAAUACCUAACCCACUGUCCUGGACAGACAGCCCAGAUAGCACGAAAAUAAGUUGGAAAGAACGAAAAGUAUUUUGGCUGAACCAAUAUAGUUAAACCAGUUUAAUUGAGUAAGUGUGAACACAGACAUAUAAUGUAUAUAAUUAUGUAUUGGUAACAAAUAGUCUUAUACUUGUAUAUAUUGUACAUGGUUAAGUAUUGACCUUCUAAGCCUAUUUUAAGUGUAUAUUUGUAGAUACUGAUGUAUACUCUCUUUUAUGUAUAUUCUUUUAAUUGUAACUUGCAUGUAUUGUAUUUAACAUACAUGGUACGGCUUUUCUAAAAUAUGGAAUGGAAUUGUAUUAAUGAGUUAUGUUUCUAUACAGCAGACGUGCUAUCAUGUUUGUUGUCCUAGCUAGGUACGGCUUUGAAACUGAGAUGCAUUUUUCCUAGGCAAUAUGCCUUUAUUAUUAAAAGAAAUUAUUUAUGAAAUUUAUGAAUUGUCCAUUUACGAUAUACAAUGCGGAGAUAUGAUCUUUGAUUAGAGUAACGGUUUCACUUUACCCUAACCUGUUACUUAUUUGUUGUUUUUUGUUUGGUUAUCUCUGUGUUUUUUGUCUUGUGUUUAUUACUUAAAUAAAUCCCUAAAUUAUG